AUUUUGUUUCCGAUAUAUAAUAGUAAAACUUGCCCAACGGGUAUUCAAAUAGCAGGCGACAUUAACCUAUCGUACAGCGGAGGCUUAAGCGCCCUAUUGUACGAAUAUUUAACGCGUCGAUAUAAAAUAUAGCUAUGUUCGGAGUCACCCAGCUGUGACAUUUCAUGCAAUAUAAACUGUCAAACGUUCGUGUGUGAAUAUUUAACAGUUGUGACGAAAAUGGAGUGUUGUGUGUGUUAGCGGAUAUACAGUUACACUAUCAACGAUGGCGUCUCAGAAAGAAGCAGGCUUACCACACCCAGUGUGGGACACGGAAUCAGUGUGUUUAAAGGAUUUUCUUAUGACUCACGAUGUGCCUUGUAUUUCAAAGGUGGUUAAGGGGCAGUUUCUUAACAUAGGGGCCGCGCGUUUCAUCCCUUUGAAAAAAUUACACCAGGAAGUGCUAGUUCACUCGAUAAAGACUGGAUUAAAAGUUCUCGGACAUUCUAUGCACAAAGUUGACAACCGGGACGGACGGACACACAAACUCCUCCCGUUAGAACAAAGGGUGUCAAUACCAAUGACUUACAAGGGUUGGUUCGAGUUGGUGUCGGAAAACGGUCGAAUUGCCAAGCCUAUCGAAAACGUGCGCGAUCUUGCCAAAUUGUUCCCCGUUGUUAACAACGUAUUGGUUAGACAAAACAUAAAAGCCUAUCAUGGGAAUGACCGCGAUGGUAUGAUGACAUUCGACAAGACGAAAGUCGUCAUUGCGGGGGAGCAACUAAAAAUAGUCGGUGAUUUAACUAUUCAAACCCCAUCCAAUAUUGAUGGUUUAGUUCGCCUGCUUAAGUGUACGGAUGUUAGGGGAGAUGCGCUAUACCUUAGUUUCGACCAAAGAGGACUCUUUACUCCAAUCGCCAACGAAACUGACGUCACUGGGGUGUUUCUUAUCAAGGAUAUCAUAAACCGCUUCAGGUUACCGUUGACCGUGAAACUUGUUCAAGGGGUGUGGCCAAAGGUGGAUACAACGCGGUUCACGGGAUUAAUACGUCUCGACUGGGCGUAUACGGACGAAAUAGCGUUCGUGUGCCCGCUGGACCGGACUGUGCCCCGUAUCUACCCGAUACCUACCGAGGUCAGCCUUAGACUUGUGACCGCCGUUAACAGCGAAGAGCUCAAGGCAAACGAAGCGUUCACGAACAUAAUGGUGAAGUGUAACCGCCUAGUUUCUAAUUAUCAUAACACAAUACAUUUGAUUAUAUCUGUGCCGGAGGGGGUUAUGAAAGCAACGAGUCAUUCGAUGGCAAACAUGUAUUCAGACACAAACUCCAAAAUAAAGACACCAGAAAAAGCCCCAAGCCUGAUCAAACGCUCCAAAAGCAAGGAGGACAUUCUUCAUGAUGAGCUUGAUGAUCUCUAUGGUUACCUGAGGGAGGGCAAGCAGCCGCCCGUCGGCAAGUACACGCGAACUCGGGACUCCGACGAGGAAACCUAUUACGAAGAACCGGAAUUCGAGCCUAUGACUAAAUUUAAGUCACGACUCGAGAUGCUGGAUAGUGGUGACGUCAUUGGUAGCAGGCGUAACACGAACUACACGUUAGUGGACCCAAGGUCGGCGUUAGACGCCAACCAUAACCGGGUUGUAGUGACCGGGCAUAGUCCACCAAAAGACAUCCCCCCUGAACUUCCGCCACGCCAAUACAUACAGACGGACUCUUCCCCUGUCAUUCACACAGUUCACACAAUGGUUAUUAAAUCUGACGGUAACCUUAGUUCAAGUCCGGGGUCAGGGUCAAGCCCAGUAUCAAUUCACAUGAGUACCCCAAAGUCGCAACCACUGUUUGCGAGAAAAAUCUCCACAAUAAGCAUGACAAACUCACGCGGAAGUAAAAGUAGCAGUGACGGUAAAAAGGACAUGGACUCUAAAGAAAAUAGAAGCAAUAGUUCUGGCUCUGCCCCUAAAAUGCACAGAAAAUCAUCUAUGCCGUUGUUGUAUCUGUAGUAAAGCACGACAUUUUUAGUGAUUUAGUAACAUUUUUGAGCGAAAAUAAUUCACGGCGUAAUAUUUUAUCAAUUUAUGGCUAAAAACACAUUUUAUAUUUCAUUAUUUGACACAAAAAAUUAUUAUUAUUAAUAGUUUUAUUAUUAUCAUAAUUGUAAUAAUAAUUAUGAUUAACCCAUUUAUGCCUGGUGGACUCUUCCAUCCUUCUAAAUUUGAUCAAUUUAUUUCCAAAAUUAGGGAUGUCUAGUAAACUUAUUUCUAUAUUUAGAAUAUUUCUUACAGAAAUUCCUUUAAGCAAACAGCGCAGACCCAGAUGAGACGCCGCAUGAUGCGGCGUCUCAUCUGGGUCUACGCUGUUUGCCAAGGCCUUUUUCUAGACGCUAGGCAUAAAUGGGUUAAUUAUUAUUGAAUGCAUUAUUAUUUUGUUUAUGGUUGUGAUAUGUGGAGAUUAUUCUUGCAUUUAUAUAUUUAAAGCUUGUGAGAUUUAUUGUACUGUUUAUAUCUUGCAAUUUUAUUGUAAUUUCAAUUAUAAAACUAAUAAUACUU